GGUGUUCAUUCAAACACACUCGCUCGCUCACUCACACAUAAUCACAUUCACAUAUUCAUAAUCUCCAUCUCCAAGAUUAAUGGAUCCGGUGAGCGUGUGGGGCAACGCGCCCUUGGUGACAGUGGAUGCAGAGAUCCACGACCUGAUCGAGAAGGAGAAGAGGAGGCAGAGCCGGGGGAUAGAGCUGAUAGCGUCGGAGAAUUUCACGUCGUUCGCGGUGAUCGAGGCUCUGGGGAGCGCCCUCACGAACAAAUACUCGGAAGGGAUGCCGGGGAACCGCUACUACGGGGGGAACGAGUUCAUCGACCAGAUCGAGAACCUCUGCCGCUCACGCGCCCUCCAGGCUUUCCACUUGGAUCCCCAAUCCUGGGGCGUCAACGUCCAGCCCUACUCCGGCUCCCCGGCCAACUUCGCCGCCUACACCGCCGUCCUCAGCCCCCACGACCGCAUCAUGGGCCUCGACCUCCCCUCCGGCGGCCACCUCACCCACGGCUACUACACCUCCGGAGGCAAGAAAAUCUCCGCCACCUCCAUCUACUUCGAGAGCCUCCCCUACAAGGUUAACUCCUCCACCGGCUACAUCGACUACGACCGCCUCGAGGAGAAGGCGCUCGACUUCCGCCCUAGGAUGAUAAUCUGCGGCGGCAGCGCCUACCCCCGCGACUGGGACUACAAGCGCUUCCGGGAAAUCGCCGACAAGUGCGGGGCCUUGCUUCUCUGCGACAUGGCCCACAUUAGCGGCCUUGUGGCCGCGCAGGAGGCUAAUAAUCCCUUUGAGUUCUGCGACAUUGUCACCACCACCACGCACAAGAGCCUGCGCGGGCCCCGGGCCGGGAUGAUCUUUUACCGCAAGGGGCCCAAGCCCCCCAAGAAGGGCCAGCCCGAGAACGCCGCUUACGACUUCGAGGAUAAGAUUAACUUCGCCGUUUUCCCUUCGCUUCAGGGUGGCCCCCACAACCACCAGAUCGGGGCCCUCGCCGUCGCGCUCAAGCAGGCCGCCACCCCCGCCUUCAAGGCCUACGCCAAGCAGGUCAAGGCCAAUGCGGUUGCGCUCGGCAAGUACUUGAUGGGGAAAGGCUACAGCCUUGUCACCGGUGGAACGGAGAAUCAUCUUGUGUUGUGGGAUCUCAGACCUCUUGGUUUGACUGGGAAUAAGGUGGAGAAGCUCUGUGAUCUCUGUAACAUUACCGUCAAUAAGAACGCUGUUUUUGGUGAUAGCAGCGCCUUGGCCCCCGGAGGAGUUAGGAUCGGUACCCCUGCCAUGACAUCUAGGGGUUUGGUUGAAAAGGACUUUGAGCAGAUUGGUGAGUUCCUUCACCGUGCUGUGACUCUCACACUGGAGAUCCAGAAGGAGCAUGGCAAGCUUCUCAAGGAUUUCAACAAGGGUCUCGUCAACAACAAGGCUAUUGAAGGUCUCAAAGCUGAUGUUGAGAAAUUCUCUGCCACGUUUGACAUGCCUGGCUUCCUGGUAUCUGAAAUGAAGUACAAGGAUUAGGUUCAAACAUAUACAACUCUCCACUUAAUUGUGUCGCUCCAAGUUCGGCCCAAUGUGCAGAAAUGGAGAAAAAAGGAAAUAAGUAUCUUCCUUUCUGGGAGUGAUAGGGUUUAACGCGAUGCUGUUUCAAGUUUCCUUGUAUUUGUUUUCAAGUUUAAUUUUGUUAGCUUGAUUGAUAUCAUAUUUUUUUCUUAUCAACAGUCAAAAUAAUACAUGUGCUUUCUUUCUCUUCUUUCCAAGCUAGUAUGUUUCAUGAUUUCAUCUACAACAAAUAUUGCGCAAUGGAACAUCUUGACAACCAUGAGUUUUACUUGAUCAAGAAAAGGAAGAUUAUCGGCUUUUGAGAUCUCUCUCUCUUUUUGUUUUAUCCUUGUAGGUUGUUUACACUGCGCCCAACUUCUAUAUGUUGGACAUCCAAAUAAUGUAUCCUCUCUCAUGUUUCAA